CCCCCCCCCCCCCCCGCGUCCCCCGCUCGCCCUGGCCGCUCGCGCAGCUGCUCGCCUCUCGCUAUAUAAAGGGGCGAAGCGGGCAGAGCGGGCGGCUGGCGGCGGCGGCUGCAGCCCCGGGGCCGGCGGAGGAGGCCGGGCCAAGGCCGCGGGGUCUGCCCGUGAGCCGGGGCGGGACGCGCGGGCUCUGGGGGGAACGCAGCCGGGCAGGUUUUUGUUGUUUUAGGGGCGACUCCCCCCCCGCGGUUGGGGGCGUCCCGAGGGGCUCGGGACAUGGCGAGCUCGACUAACACAAACCCCGUGCCUAAAUUGUACAGGUCUGUAAUUGAAGAUGUCAUAAAUGAUGUCAGAGAAGUUUUUCUGGAUGAAGGAGUGGAUGAACAAGUUCUUAUGGAACUCAAAACACUGUGGGAGAACAAGCUGAUGCAGUCCAAGGCUGUAGAUGGCUUCCAUUCAGAAGAGCAGCAGCUUUUAUUGCAGGUGCAGCAGCAGCAGCAGCAGCAGCAGCAGCAACAGCAGCAUCAUCACCACCACCAUCACACACAACCUCAGCCGCAGCAGACUGUGCAGCAGCAGUCUCAGCCACAGCAGGUCCUUAUUCCAGCAUCUCAGCAAGCACCUCAGCAGCAGGUUAUUGUACCAGAUUCCAAGCUGAUACCGCACAUGAAUGCAUCAGGCAUGAGUGCUGCAGCCACUGCAGCUACAUUGGCUCUCCCUGCUGGCGUUACUCCUGUUCAGCAGAUACUUACAAAUUCAGGCCAGAUCCUCCAAGUAGUUAGAACUGCAAAUGGAGCUCAGUAUAUCAUUCAACCACAGCAGCCUGUUGUUCUACAGCAGCAGGUGAUACCGCAAAUGCAGCCUGGUGCAGUACCAGCACCUGUUAUACAGCAGGUUUUGGCUCCUCUUCCUGGAGGGAUUUCCCAGCAGACAGGAGUGAUUAUUCAGCCCCAGCAGAUCCUGUUUACAGGAAAUAAAACACAAGUCAUACCUACAACAGUGGCUGCCCCUACGCCAGCUCAAGCACAGAUUCCUGCAGCUGGUCAGCAGCAACCACAACAACAACAGGCACAACCGCAAGCACCACUCGUGCUCCAAGUUGAUGGAGCAGGGGACACAUCUUCUGAAGAAGAAGAAGAUGAGGAAGAAGACUAUGAUGAUGAUGAAGAGGAAGACAAAGAAAAAGAUGGGGGUGAAGAUGGCCAAGUUGAAGAGGAGCCUCUUAACAGUGAAGAUGAUGUGAGUGAUGAGGAAGGACAAGAACUGUUUGAUACAGAAAACGUUGUUGUGUGCCAGUAUGACAAGAUUCAUAGAAGUAAAAACAAAUGGAAAUUUCAUCUCAAAGAUGGCAUCAUGAAUCUUAAUGGAAGAGAUUAUGUAUUUUCCAAAGCCAUUGGGGAUGCAGAAUGGUGAAGUUUUCAAAGACAAAACAAAACAAAAAAACUCCCUGUAAAAGGAAAAAAAAAUCAGAUGCAGGAAAGGUUGAGACUUGGAUGUAUACUCCAAUCAAAAUGUGUAUCUGCACAUCAGAAAUAAACAAAAAGCAAAAGUAUUGGAACAAAGGUAAAACGUGGCAACAAAGACACUACUUCAGAUGAGCAAGCCAUGGACUGUAGCAGCUAUAGCAUUGUCUGGGAGCUGGUUUUGUGUGUUAGGAAUACCUUAAUUAUCAAUUCUACAUACAGGUACCUACAGCUGGUAUUUAGCAUGUAAGGCUUUGUUCCCCCGCCCCGCCCCCCCCCCCCCCCCUUCCCUUUUUAAGAUUUUAAACUACUUCUUCCACUGAUUGAAGGAACUCUUCCCUUUGAUAGAUUAUUAAUCUGAAAAUGCUUAUUGUGUGUACAAAUCUUUGCUUUGAACACUUCCUUUUGGUAGUGAGGAUGGUCAGAAUGUUACUUAAAACUGCGUGCAAGCUUUGUACAGAAGGGUAAGAAUUAAGGUGUUAAAUUUUAAAUAACUUGUAUAAGGAAAAUAUUUUUAAUUCUGAUAUGCUCAUUAAUUAUUAUAUCUAUUUGUUGUUUUCAGUUCAGUUCCCCAUAAACAGGUGGUUGUUUCUAGCAGUUAUGAAAUGGUAAAAUGAUCAUUUAUAUUUCAAAAUUAUUUUAAUUUUCAUGUAAGUGAUAUCUUCUAUUUAGGACUGUAUUUUUUAAAUACUAAGCACCUGUAGCUCCCCCCACCCCACCCCACCACCAAAGUCAGAUUGCUUAACUUGUUAAUUAUAUUCUUGCUGUUUGGUGGUGGUUCAGCAUCACUGAACUGAAACAAGUAAUACAGUUUCCAUUGAUUUUUUUUAAAAAAAUUUUUUGUUUGUUUGUUUUAAAAAGGCAUUGGAGACCUUUUGAAUCAAGUAUGUAGGUAAUGGCAUAAUAGAUGCAUUCCUGCACCUGCUUACUACGUAUGUAGUCCAGACAUCCACGAAUAAUUAAACAGACCACAAGAAUGACUAAAUUUUUAAUAUAGAAAAUUGCAUAAAAAUUCUAACAUCCUGGCUGCAACUCUGUUAAUCAAAGAUCUGCUUUACUAAAAAUUAUAGCCAUAAGUUACCUGCAGCAGUUAAUCUCUCUAAAGUUUCCAGCUGGCAUGUAAUUUCAUGAAGAGAGCUGCACAGCUUUAAGAACACAGAUUUUGUUAGAGUAUCUUUAGACUGUCUUGGUAACAGAAGAUCAAGCAGUCGGAUGCACUAAACCUUGUGUAGUCACUUUUUCACUUGCCUUUUCCAGAGGUGUGGUUUUGUGGUGGGUUUUUUUUGUUAUUGUUUGUUUGGGGUUUUUUUUGUUUCUUUGGGGGUUUUUUUUUUUUUGAAAAGCAACAAGGUUGCUCCCCCCUCCUUCCCUUCCUCUCUUGAGAAGUGAACACCUUUUCUUCAUGCAUAGGUUAUUCUUGCAAACCUUGCUUUUGGAAAUGCAGUUACUUUUGAAUGAGGAGAGGCAAUGGGCAUUAUACUUCGGAAACUGUUGAGGAAGGAAUGUUCAUGUGGCUCGCCAUUUCAAAAAAAAUGUCAUGUUUCAUUGGGUGCUUGGAAUGAUGAUGAGAAAAGGACACAGUGAAGAUAAUUUUAACUGAAUCGGGGAAAACUUUCAGAAGCAGACGUUUUGAUCCAUGAUUUCUGACGUCUUUUGCUUGAGAAUGAAACUUUUUAAAGGUUAUUUUAACAAAGUCACAAGUGUAUUUUAGCAGUGUAUAAAGACUGCUCUGGUUUUCAUUCUCGUGACGUACUUGCCUCCACGUGCAUUCAGAGUCUCAGUCGUACAUAGAAAACUCAAAACACAUCGUGACGAGGGUUUUUUGUCACUGUGGUUUUGUACACCUGUGCUCUCAUUGAUACAGACUAAAACUGCCUGUAGGCUACGUCCAGAGCCGUGUGGGUGGUAGUAAGCCAUCUACGUACGUAAGCUUUAUGAAAAGUUACUUGAUGUUUCUUUUAAUUCAUUCUUAAGUAAUGGAAUAGUCAUUUAGAGUGCGUUUUUGGCUUGGGGCUUCAAGGUAUCUCAAACUGAUCGGUGUUUGCUUUCUUCUGAACAAAGCAGAUACUUUAUUUUUAUUUUUUUACCACUGUUGACACUUCUAUGUACAACUGCAAUGAAACUAAUAAUGUACCAAUUAAUUCCUUCCCUCACCUUUUCCAUAUCUGUUAUCAGUAAGUCUUAAGUAGUGGACUUCAGAGAAAUUCCCGUAAUGCUGCACAACCAAACCAAUAAAAGGAAAAAAAAUCCCUUAAGUUAUAGAUUCCUUUUUUUACUACUGGAACCCAGAUUACUUGUACAACACUUGUUUUCCUACAUCUUAGUGACUUUUUUCACCCCCAUAUACUAGAAGCUGCAUAGCCUUUUUAUUUAUUUUUAAGGGAUAGCAGAACUUUAAAGGUAACUUAAGCUUAGCCUGUUCUGAAGGACGUUAAAAGCUUUCUGAACUUGCACAGUCUCUUGCAAGCUAAUUGUAUGGUAUGCUUUUCAGAUAAGAAGUUUUGUCUUCAAAUACAAAUAAUACCUGUGAAGAUUUUGGAAAGCCAGUCAAACAUGAUCGUACCAAACUGUGCUCUUAUUGCUACAUCAAGUGUUCCUUUUUUAAAAUCAAAAAGCAUGUUUUAAUUUCAUUUUAUUGUAGCAGCUUGCUGUAAGAAUGUAGUUUGCUUAAUUUUAUUAUUGUACUUGAAUUUUUAAUCAUGGUUUUAACAAUGUAACUGAACAGACCAUUUCAUUAGGUUCCAAAGAAACCAUUCCUUUCAGAGGGCAAGGGAUUCCCAUGGUCACAGUUCAUAACUAAUCAAUCUCCUCUUCCCUCCCCCCCCCAAUAGACUUAGUUGUUUUUUGUUUUUAAAUUGUCCCCCAUUUAAAUAGUUCAGUAUUAUGGAAACAGUUAAUGAUUUCAAGAGGGCUUAUGUUAAAAUUUGCACAGAUGAUGGAGCACCUUUUUAUGAUGGAAAAAAUGGGGAAAGAACUUCGUAAUUAUAACCAUGGUGGCUGAUGGAAACUUGUAGAGCAACUGGGCAAAAUUGGGAGUCUUGUGCCUUUUCAGUUUGCAGAAUACCUUUUUUGCCAGUAUGACAAUACUCUUUUUUGAUUCCUGAGAAAGUAAAUUUCCUGCAGUGCUUCGAUCAGAUAAGCAACUUUUUUUGCUCAAAUUCUGAUGGGUUUUAGUGUGUGCAAUCAUUUUAAAACACCUAAGUUGAAAACAAGUUGAAAUAUGUUUUCUGUUAAGGAGAUAAUAGAGAAUUUAGUCACAUAAGGAACUUUAUAUUGGACUAUUUAAAUAAAAUAUGUUUUUAUUCCCCCUCAGUUCCUGGUUAGCAACUUCAUGCUCCUUGUUCCUGCAUUGUACUUACAAGUUGCAUUUGAACAUCAUUCAGUUCCCUAAACACAGUUAAAAGUGAUAAUUGUGGUCUGAGUUGAUUUCCGAAAGUGUGAUACAUGAUUCUGAAGCACAGUUUCUAGAAAAGAGCGAAGAACACGUUGUGUCAUGUAACAGAUUUUUUUUUUUUAUAAAUAUUUUUUCUAUUUCUGCUGCACAAUUAGGAGUGUUAAAAUAAAGUUCAUGGAGUCUGUGAAAACAAUGCCACUGCUUGACAGUUAGCAGUAGUUAACGUCACCACGUAACACUACCAGAGUAAAAUUUCUUAAUUCCAGUGAAGGAGUUAGAGACCUUGUUAACUAAAGUUCAUUUUGAUUCAAUCUCUUCAAUUUGUAAAAGCUCCUUUAAAAGCAGUAAAGCGCCCCCCCCC